GCGAACGAUAGUCUGUGAAAGUCUCGACUGUCCGCACGGCGUGCUUUUGGCGGUUAAACCGGGUGAACGUCAAAAAUAAAUUCAAAAAAAAAAAAAAAAGAUACCUUCCGUUAAACCACAACGUUCGACACGGAAACGACAAACAAAAUACUGAUACACACCGCGCAGAGUCGUCGACCAACUCCGUCCAACGUAUCUUGAACGCAAGCGACAAUUAAAGUGUCAGAAACACACCUGACACCACAGUGUUCGACGUCGAUAAAAAGGGAAAUUCAUCCACACGUUAACUAUUGCACAAACACCGAUACCAGAUGUUUAUGGAUGCUUCACUAUGAAGUAAUCCUCGUGCAUUUGACGGGUUAGUGGACAUGGUCGACCAAGAAAGAAUAAGGUUGGUUGUGCUUGGCGGCGCUGGCGUGGGCAAAAGUGCCAUUUGUAAGCGGUUUAUACUCAACACAUUUUCCCCCAAAUACAGAACAACCGUGGAAGACCUUUACAGUAAAGAAUUCCAUGUGGGAUCAACUACAUUCAAAGUGGACAUCCUGGACACGUGUGGAGACCAACAAUUCCCGGCCAUGCGGCGGCUGAGCAUUGCCACGGCGCACGCCUUCCUGUUUGUCUACUCGGUCGGGUGCGAACGGUCUUUCGACGUGGUAAAACAAAACUUCGAAGAGGUGCGCGAACAACGAGAAGACUACCAGGUGUUGCCAAUCGUAGUGGCCGGCAACAAGCUGGACUUGGCCCCGGACUAUAGGCGGGUCACCGUGGAGGACGCGUCCGAAUGGUUGUACUGCGAGCUUCCCAAGAUGAGGGUGAAGCUGUUGGAGUGUUCGGCUAAAGACAACGUUAACAUCCGGGACGUGUUCAAGUGUUUCCUCGGGCUCUCCAGGAUCCUGUCUGCGACGGAGGACAUGUCUGCCGGCCCGUUGAAGCGCAGGUCCAGCGCUUACGUCAGCCACACCAAGGCGUCUAGACGGACCGAGAGCCCGGUCACGCUGUCGGUGACCGCGGCCACUUCGGUAGCGCAGUCGCCAGCUUCGCCCAAGAGCCACGGCGACCAAGUUUACAAGGCGCAGGAGAGGCCCAAGCCCCGCAGUCGCAGCCUGAUCAGAAGAUGCAGCCGCAAGACCAAGCAGCAGAUCAGAGACAGCGGCGGCGUAGACGACUGCAACGUCAGCUAAACGGUACAAAAGACACUGAAAGAUUGCCCGUAUUUUAUUUACCCUCCCUCGACUCGAUUACUUAUCGAUAACAAUUAUUUCAACCUUAAAUCGCUUAAGGCUGUCUGAUGUCCGGCUUUCCGGUACACACUCGGUAUUAGUACUUGCCACUGAAAAACUAACUAGACUACAUUUUGCCCUACCCCGAAUUUGUUUUAUUCGUCAAUAAACCCAACAAAUAACCGAAACCGAUAUUUUAUGCCUAUAUUAUUUAAUGGUAUUGUACAAACCAAAAUCUGUAUCACGAACAAAUUAAAAUCUAUAACCCAACAAGUGAACAAUUAACUUACUUUGCUGCUCCAACAAAUAGUUACUUUUAAGUUUGAGUUACGGUUUUGUAAACCCUAAACCGGUUCUACGUGUGCCGAAGAAGUGACGUUUAUCACAGAUUUCAAAAGUGUUUUCUACACACAAAAAUGUAUUUUCGAAUUCGACCCGUUUAACGUUAUUGUUUGCACCCCCGCAUUAUUACUUGAGCCCAAGUUAGGAUGGGGCGGGUGUGUUAGGUUUGCUAACUGGAAAUACUAAACGUAUGAAUUGAAAAAGGCCAAAAACGAAUGGAAUCGAAAUAUGAAUCGAGCCGGCCACCGCCGUUCACCCUCUGUCCAUCCAAGUAUACAAACCAAAUUCUUAACAUAGUAAGUGUAAGCAAUAUCGCCUGUAGGCGUUGUAUUAUUAUAUUUUAUCGGAUCAGGAGGACCAAUAACGGUUUUUUAUUCUUGUUUCCAUAAUAAUAAUACUUCAUAUUACAUUUCACAGCGUAUUUUUGAAAAAAUCCUAUUCGGUUUGGGCGAUACCGACUUCAGCACUAACCGUUAAAGUGUACCUACUUAUAACUACGUACAUUUUAACAAUAUAACGCAUGCUAUUAAUGUAAAAGCAUAUAUUAUUAUCUCACUAUGUUAAAUGUGAUUUAUUAAACGGUUGUAAAGAAAUAAAAUAACUAUUACAUUUUUAUAUUGUCGUCUUUGUCACCACUUUCGAGGGUGUUUAUAAAAUUACAUUUUACAACUCCUAAUAUAUUAUUCUUAAGUAAUACAUAUGUAAAUGAUCUAAUAUUUAUACAUAAUCCUAAUUGGUGUACAAAUAACAAUUUCUUUAUUCGCUUUUUUUAAUAUUUUUUUUUACAUUUACCAUGUUUUUUACAUUAUCUUGUGAGUUUUCCUAAUUGUUAAUAUACUUAUACAUACAUAUUAAGUAUUAUAGUAUUAAUAUACUUAAUUAAUAUGUUUACUCAUAAUAAUUUAUGUUUAAUGAGUUGUCAACUUUUGGGAAAUUAAACAUAAUCUACCAUUUAAAAUUUUGUAAUUCGAUUUUGCCAAAGUACUGUGCAACUCUAAGAAAUGAACAGGUCGACCAAUAUGAAAAUAUUUAUGUGCACGAAAAACAGCAAAUCAAGUAUGAGUAUUAGAAUUCCAUAACCUUGUAUAUAUACCUAUAAAGGCAAUUAUAAAGCCGAGGUAGCUAUAAAUGUUCCUUAUUUUGCCUACCAUUUUUUAAUAAAAAAAAUAAUUAUUAUUAUCAACUGUUAAAUACCAUAAUAAAAAUAUAAUUUUUUUAGAGUUUACUUAAUGUAUCAUCUUAGAAGAUUAAUACGCUCAUUAUGAUUGUACAUUAUGAAUAAAAAAAUGUGAUUCAUAAUAUCAAUGUCAAGAAAAUUGUCUAUCUCAUGUCGGUUUAUCUAUAUUUUUAAGUUGUCGUUAUGAUAUCUGUUUGAAUUAAUUUGUAUGUAUGUUAGUGGCGAUCAAAUAGUAAAUUAAUAUUGAAAAUAAUAACAAAAUACUUACAUCAUACAAAAUCUAUAA